CCGUGACUUGCUCAUUCUGCUCAAUGCCUGGCCUUGGGGUGUCGAGGGGAUGACUUUGGCAAAUCGCCCGCGAGAGAUGUCCUCCCAUGGAACCGACCGCUCUGAGACCGCACUUGGCUGCGAUCCGGCGAGGGGGACGGUCGCGCUCUGGGCUUGUUCUGUUCCGUCGCAGUGUCAGUCAGAGAAGCAUGCCUUCCCAGUUCGGCUACUGGACCAUCCGAGGCUGGGGUCAGGCCCCGCGCCUUCUGCUGGAGCUGGUCGGAGAGGACUACGUCGACGACAGGGUCGAUCUGGUGAACGGCGAGGAGAAGUACUUUGAGGAAAAGAAGAAGAACCCGCACGAGCUGCCGUUCCCGAACCUGCCGUACUACAACGAUGGCGACAUCCGACUGACCCAGAGCAUGGCUAUCCUCCGCUACCUGGCGCGCAAGUACAACAUGGGGGCCACUACAGAAGAAGAAACACGCCAGCUGGACAUGCUGGAGGGAGUGGUUCAGGACACGCGGCUCUACUUUUUCGACAUCUGCCACGGCACGGCGGAGAACUACAAGCUGAACCUGGCGGCGGUGGCCGAGCGCUCCGCCAUGUUCUACAAGCUGCUGGACGACUACCUGGGGCCGCGCCGCUGGUUCCUCGGCGAGCGCAUCACCUAUGUGGACGUCAUGGCCUACGACUCGAUGAGCAACUGGCUGGCGAUGAAGCCGGAGCUCCUGAACGGAUGCGAGAACCUCAAGCGACUGAUGAAGCGUUUCGAGGCGCUGCCCAACAUCAAGAAGUACAUGGAAAGCGGCCGCUUCAUCGCGUGGCCCAUUAAUGGCAAAGAUGCGCACUUCAGCUUCAAGUAAUGAUGGUGCUUCAGAGCAGUCGAUAGGCACUAGUAAAUGCUCACGAGUCCACGACGCUCACGAUUCUCGACAACACACCGACAAAUUAAUGUCGGCGUGGCUAUCAGAAACAGAUACUGUUAGCGCUGAUGUGAAUGUGCCUGUUUAUGUUUUUCUCCCGUAUUCAACUUUGUAUGGCUGAGGUAGGUGAAACAUGUCAUGCUUAUGCAGUUCCAAAGCAGAUGUUUUAAAGCAUAGUGUCUCGUAUGUAUAUUCCAUAUCGUAAGUUUAUCAGUCGUUCGUCAGCAAUUGUAGCUCCGGAUCAUUGAUUUUGUUGUUGUGCUGGGCAAAUAGGUAUGUCCCCCAUCGAAACAAUCACGAAAAAUAAAAGAGCCGGAGUGACGA